AUGAGGUCUUCUAGAAUAAAAAGCGUACUGGGCACAUCGGCUGCCGUCUCGCUGCAGUCAUACACUAAAUUAGCCAGCGACGAUCUCCCUUCCGCAGAGCACAAGCCAUUCGGCAAAAAGGCGGAGUGCUACCGCCCAGAUAAUCUUUCAAGAAUUUGGCGAAAAGUGGCCAUAGUUAAUAUUGCUCUCUUGGCCAUAUCUCUGGGCUGUCUUGCCCUAUCAGCGCAUCUGGUCUUGACGACGCAGGCAAUUGACGGCAGCCGCAUUCUGCGAGAAAAGACAUUCUAUUCGCCGCCUCUCGACUCACUUACACCGACCUGGGGAGUUUCGGAGGUAGUCACGAAACACCUUAGCUCGAACGGAUCGGUACUCCGGCAGGACCCGAGCCCGCACGUGGAUACCGCAUGGCAUAGAUUUGCAGAUAUGGGUGUCAUUGGCCUGACUGAGGAACAAGUCAUCAAGCUUGGCAAGGACACUGCCGUGACAGUCAAGGCGCCGCCCAGCUGGGGCGUGGGUAAUGCAACCUAUCUUGCACAAAUUGACGCAGUGCACCUCGCGCACUGCCUCAAUUCUAUGCGCCAAAGUUUGCAUUAUAAUUUCGACUACUACCACCCCAACGGUAUCCCAAAUGUCUACGCGGCCCAUUUAAUGCACUGCCAAGAGGCACUGGCCAAGUGGCUCAUGUGCCAGCCGAGCAUGGAUUUGUUCACUUUCAACUGGGUUGAAGGCCACGAGGGACCCUUUCCAGACUUUGACAUGACGCGGAAAUGCUGGAACUAUGACCAACUGCUCGAGUGGCAGGACGAGCACAGAGUGCAGACAAUCAACACUGCUGAGUGGAGCGCUAUGGUCGCACCAAAAGGCACCAAGCGAAGGCCAUCUCCGAUUUUGUUCAAGGAGUCUCUGAGCCGCACAGCUUUCAACGGGAAGGGAAGCUAG